GGCCAUCGCGAGUCUUUGCCGGCACGGUUUGUUUGAGUGCACUUCGCCGAGAGUUCCCAAAUGCGCUUUCCGUUGUAAGGAGGCAUGUUUCUGAACAUGUGAUGCGGUAAAUUGUAUUUAUUGCGCUGCUUAGUACAGUUGCAUGCUUUUAUUUACCGCACGUAAUACUUAUUAGACAGAAUGAUCCUAAAUCAACUAGUGUCCGUGCUGAGGAGGCCGCUGCGGCCCAGCAAUCGCAAGCGAUCUGAUAUAGUCACCAUCAAGUCCCUUGCCGCUAACAUCGCUACCCGUCAGCUUUUCAAAGAAAGCAGCCUCUGUGUUCGCGAUUUCGCUGGUGAGAGGUUUGAGUGCAAUAUAGUAGGCGAGUUCUGGAAGCGCUUAGCUGUCGAAGUGAACGAGCGGCUUGUGCUGCUCGGCGAAAUCUUGGCGAAGCAGUGCAACUUCUAUGUUGCUCACCGCAUGCGGCGAGCUAAUCAGAUAUGGAACUUAUACAGUCGGCUGUAUACGGAGAAGACACUUAAAACCCUAGUAUCUAAGUUCCUCGACAGGCUCCGAAACAGGUCGCAGAAGCCCAUUGCCUUCCUGCUAAGUGCAGCUCUCUUCAAAUGGGAACACGAGCGGAUCACAGACAACGAGGUGAAAGGGUGCAUAGACGAGUUUGAGAUCCUUUCACAAAAGUGUGGCAAUACUAAUGGCAACUUCAGCGAGCCAACUCUGCAGCCGGACAUAUUCAAAGCACAUUUGGCUGAAGAAGGCUGGGAACCUGUUGUUGAGAAUAGCAAGAUGUUCCUGUGGAGGCGUUGGAUGCCAGAAACGUCUGGCUAUGAGUAUAAAGUGUUCGGGACGUUCAACGACAUCCCUGCCCGGGCAUUCUUUAGUGUUCAGACAGACACAGAGUACCGCAAGCGAUGGGACAAACUUGUGAUCAAGCUGGACAUCAUCGACCGGGAGACAAGAGGCGGUUGCGAAGUAGUUCACUGGGUCAUGCAGUACCCUUUUCCCAUGUACAAGCGGGACUAUGUGUACAUAAGAAGAGCAUUCGUUGAUGACCAACGCAAUGUGAUGGUGCUCAUGUCACGUUCAACGGAUCACCCAGCUUGCCCUCCUAUCAAUGAGUGCGUCCGAGUGACCAAGUACACGUCACACAUGGUGAUCAGACCUCAUCGAAGCAUAGAUGAGGAUGGUUUUGACUUCCUGCUGUCAUACUAUGACGACCCGCGAUCCUCGUUUCCGGGACCGAUCUACAGCUGGAUGGCAGCCUCAGGCGUGCCAGACUUCAUUGAGAAGCUGCACUGUGCAGCCAAGGACUUGCACCUCAAGAGCACAAAGGCACCACAGCCAAACCUGAGUGGCCAGAGCUCAUCAGUUCAGUGUGCCUAUGCUUGAGGAGGCCAUCUCUCUCAUGGGCUGGUCUCUUGCAAUGGUGUUGUGCACUUCCUUCAACAAUGCUUGCAGUUUGUCAAUUUAAGAUAUUCACUUCACAGGUGGGCUCAGCGGUAUGAGAUUGCGAGUAAUGUUUUUGCUGUUAUGACACGGUCACAGCCAAAAUUUUGUGAAGCUGCGCACUGGAUUUGACUGGCUGAGCUGUUAGAUGGUGUACACAUUUUCACAGUAAGUGCUCUGUACACUGUGUUGUUUCCACAAAGAAACAUGGUUAUUCCACAAAGAAAUGCCAUUCAUUAGUAGGCCAGUGUAUUUUGCAAAGUGUGUAUGUGGGAUAUCAUUUAUAGAUUGAAAGUGUGCUUUACUGAGCAGAAACUGAAUUAGACCUUGUGACGGGAUAUCAUAUGAACUAACACAGUGGUACAGGAAUUUUUGACUGCUGUGAACAGUUAAUUCUUGCUGAGGUUUCUGGGCCUGCAAAAAACCUGUUCUCAUCUAGUUAAGUGGUGACUUGACGUCGUAGAUCUGUGAACAAGCCAAGGCAUACUGCUGCAUGAACCUAGCCAUUUGGUGCUAAGGCACUACUUUGAAAGAUAUCUGUCUAGACGUAGCAAUGCGCAAUAAUUUUACAAUUGCAGCAGUUGUUCCACUGACAGAAAACUGAAGUAUUCAUGUGUAUAGCCUUCACAUUUUGUAGAAAUGUUUCACAUAUUUGAAGCCUUGCCUCAUGUCGGAGGUUGUUCUAAUUUGUUUUUCCCAAACAGUGCUUUUAUUUUACACCCCCCCCCCUCCACCCAUGAUAUAGUUACAUAUAAGCAGCACCAGUAAUAUGAUAUCUCAAAUGCCAGCAGUAUGAAAAGCUGUUUUGUGAAAACUUCAUGGUAUGUGUUGUGCAUCUGACCUAAGCCCACAUAGAUGUGUUCAUGAAUAGCCAUUACAAGCCAAGGAAAUCAAAUAGGAAUUAGCAAGACACUAGGACACAUCUAAACUAGUAAUGGUACAUCAGCAUGUCUGUAAAUGUUUCUAAAAUCUUAGUUUAUUUGAAAGUGCACGUAAUGAAUUUUAAAGAGAGUGGUGCACAGCUAAAAUAUCACAUCCAAGUGCAGAGUUUGUCAUAAAGCCAGAAACAAGAAGUAGCUUACAGUAGUUGCAGAAAUCCUUUUUGCCAUUUUGUAGAUAGUUACUGUAACUAACUGGUGGUACCGAUUCUUGGGCGAGUUGGUUUGACAUAUUGCUAAUUUUUCUAGCGCUGUUGAGAUAUAGACAAUGAGGGAGAUGAAACAGCAAUAGAAAGUUAACUAGAAACUUUUGCCAAGAAGAUUAGAGGACCUUUGACAUGCUGUGGGCUCCCUUAGAGCAAACAUGGAAGGGGCCCAGAUAAUCUGUUCAUUUUAUUUGAAGUUCUGCUAAAUAAAAGCGCACAAAAUCUGUCGGAAAAUAAAGCAAAAGUCCUUGAACUGUUCAGCUUAUCAGAACUUGUUUUAAGGAGGAUCUGUUGUGUCUCAGUAGCUUUUUUUGAUACAUGGUUCUCUAGCAAAUCCCAUGUUGCAAAGGAGCAACAAAGGUGUUUUGACCGGCAGGACUAUGAAAAUGCUUUUUCUUAUCAUUGACUUGUGUAUUGUAGACAUAAGUUCGUGUUAUUUGAACUAUUGGCUACGCCCUAACAUAACCAUGAGCUCAAACUAGUGCCAAUAACCUACUGGUUAUAUUAGUCAAAGUGGCAGUUUAUCAGAGAUGCAGAAAAUUUAAAAUUGUAAGUAAACUUAAUUCCUCCGACCUCUUGCUUCACUGAAAGCAACAGGAACAGACAGUCCCUUCUUAAGGAGUUUCACCUUAAGAUACCAUAGAAACCGAAAUAUAGGUCGACCCCUGACCUUGUGGUGAAUAAAAUUUUUAAAAUUUAUGCAAUGCAAUUAACUACAGAACAAUUUGAUCAAUACACCCAUUCAUCAUCAGAGACAAAAGCCACACAUAAACUGUGAGGAUUCUUAUCCGGGGAUGACCGAUAGUCGCUUAUGAUAUCCCACAGCACAUCACCGGUGAUGUCCAAGGCAUUUGUUAUGCAGGGCUAGGCAUGCGCAGCACUGUUGUCAGGCAAUGAGUGGCACGCACUGGGCACCUGAGGUGCACGCCAACAAUUGGUGCAUCUGACUGUAGGCAUCCUCGCGUGACUGCCAGCCAUUCACUCGUUCUGAUGAUCUAAUUUCCGUCGAUGCAGCUUCAGGUUCUUCGCGCUAUUUUCGCACACUACGGUGACCGGCGAGACUUCUCUUUUGCACCGUCAAUUUGUCCCAGUGGUUAAACGUUCUCUUGCACAAUGCACGCAAAUAAAUUCCACCAUGGUGUCUUCAAGUUGAGCAUGAACAUCGUAGCGGCCGCGGAAUGAAAUUUUCAGUGAAAGUCAACAGUUGCACUCACCUUGGUUGCAUCAUUUCCCAACCAAACAGUGUAGUGUUGACAUGCUUUUGUUUGCGUCCGUGAAUUCUAUUGCAUUUUUUGAUGCAGCGCUAAAGUCAAGCCGAGACCUCCUAAUUUUGCACCCCAGGAAGGUAGUAACACAUGUUCGCACAUUGUUUGCGAACUUCGCAACAGCAACAACAAAAUUGGGGAUACUUUCUCUGUUUUCAAUUUUUAAUCCCAUAGUGGCCAGAUGAGAAGUGGAAUUGUGUCAAAGACUGCUACCGUAUUUACUCGAAUCUAGGCCGACUCCGAUUCUAAGCCAAGCCAACCCCCCAAAAGUUCGAAGCCAGACAAAAAAAAAACUUACCUUGAAUGUAGGCCGAAGGAAAAAGCGAGGACAGCAUUCGCAAAAUGAAACAGCAUUCAUUAAAUAUGAACAUGCUGAGCACAUUCUAUGUCACCAUCGCUGCUAGCCUCGUUGCUAUCUUCCUUACUGCUGACAUCUUCAAACAGUGCACUGUAAUCAGUACCAUCAAGCGCAUUAGAGAUGCUGCACUUUUUGAAGGAGCGCACGAUCAAUGUUCCUGGGUAAAUGCCAUCCUUGUUGCGGCGCACGCAAAAAGCUUCUCCCGUGGCCCCCUCCAACGACAGAUGUUUUUUUUAUAGAUGCCGAAGUUCCGCCUGGCUUGAACAUUUGACGAUGCCGCUAUGGCUAGCACAACUACCGUAUUUACUCCAUUCUCACGCGCCCUCGAUUGUAACGCGCACCCGUUUUCCGUGACGAAAAAAAAAGUCCUUUACAGUACCACGCAUCUCGUGCUUUCAAACAGAAAUACAACUUUCUGUCAUUUGGAAAAACAGAUUUCUGUCUGAUGCACUGAAGUUGUGAUGAAUAAAAAAAGUCGCAGUUUCAUCCGAAAGGCGAUGCAUUGAAUGCGAUAGCAAAUUAGUAGAAUGCUAUACGAAGUAAGGAUAGCAGUUUUAUCGGCCGUAUAAAGUUGCAAACAUUCGCUUACUAAAUAAAUUAACAAGCAUGGUGUCACGCGCGCACAAGCAAACAUGAACACAUCUCGCUCGUUGACCGCGGAAACAAACUGUCAAAACACUGGAGACGAAGCGCGGCGAGCGACUUGACCUUCGUGCUAGCAUGCCUCUCGCUUCAAUGCGACCUAUAAACGGCGAAAACACAGCGCACGGCGGACUUUCCCCAUCGUAGAUUGCUUUCAAGAUAGGGCCAAGGCGAUCGUAUCGCCGAAGUGCAUCGUCACAGAUUACGUCCUGCUUCGGUCCACUGAAACUAUUCCGCAUUGCUUUGCUGGCGAAAAUCCUGUCCUUCUGUUUGCGCGAGUCUCCCGCUCGAACGCCAUGAUGCGGCCCGAUUUCUGUCCGUCUCCGCACACGUUAUCACUUUCCUUUUAAAUGUGGCAUAACGAUGAACUCAGUAAUUCAUGCCGAUAGAGCAGACGCAGAGAACGUGAAGACAGAUGGCAAACUAUUGCCUAAGCACACGGAGGAAGCUACGGCAUGCUACGGUAGCUAGGCUAGAGAGUAGCUAGGCUCGACGAGCGUGCGAGGCGGCCAUUUUGAAAUGCGGACAGCUAUAGGGUCAUGUUAAAAGUUCGCUUUAGAUUCGAGUAAAUAAGGUAUUCGUUAGAAAGCGGCACUUUAGUGGCAUCGCCUGUUUGGUGCCAUUACGAUAAUGCCACACCGUGCGCCGAUGCUACACCAUACCGAUCCUACCGAUACGACGCAGGUCAAAAUGGUGACGUCCCUCGUGUACUUCAGUUGGCUACUGCGGGGCUAGUAGCGGCUGCGAUACUGACUGUUCUAGAUGGCGCUAACUAUGCACCAUAUUUAUCAGUUGCAGUUAAAAACUGGCGCGUUUUUUUUUAAUCCUCGAAUCUACGCCGACCCUAGAGUUUCGUAUAUAAUUAUUUGAAUAAAAGACUAUUGGCCUAGAUUAGAAUAAAUAUGGGCUAUAUAAGACGAAGGGGCACUUUUUAAAAGCAUUUUUGGGAAAGAAACUUGACCUAUAUUCUGGUUUUUAUGGUAGCCAACCAUUAAUAAUGUCUGGAAUAUUGUGUUGGUUGAGACCUUACUUGUCUUGUUGCACCCUUCGUUAGAAGUUAUAGUCCUGGCAUGAGAGUGAUUAGUAAUAUUGCCUUGAACAAAAACACACCACUUCAAUCCAUGACAUGAACAUACAUUUCUGAUCUGUGUAAGGAAUUACAAGUCUUUAUGCUGCUUAUUAUGCCCCCAGUUUUGUGAGGCAACGCUUUUGUACGGAAUGUUAGUUGUUGAUGGAAUCUAGUUGUAUAGGUAGUGAGGUGCUAGUCAUAUUAGUGUUUUUUUAUUAUACACAUGUUUUCCAGGAAAGUUAGUGUGGUGUCUGGUUCUGCUGUGUUCUUUUGAUUUUUCUUUGGCAGAAGUACACGUUGGCUGUUACCUUGUACUAUAAUACUGCUUCAACAGGUAGCACCUUUUAGCUUGGUUACUAUAGUCUUUCACUUCAAUGAUGAAUAGGUUGCUGUUAUUCACCUUGAAUGAAGUUUAAAGCACCUCAGUUUUCUUGCACACUAUUUGUUGUCAUGUUUUAUCCUUGCGCCAUAAUUUCUUGCAAUGUGGUGCUGUUAUAUUUUUUUCUAAUAAUCAAAGAUUGCAGAGGUAACUUGUUGUUUCAGUUUAAUGUGAAGAUUUCAUUUUUGUGUGUACUCAGGUAACCAGCUUAGGUUGAACAUUUGCCAACAACCUGCAGCUUUUCAUGGCUAACCAGUGUAUAAUAGCUGGCAGGGUUUAUUGCACCUCUUGUUUAGCACACAGCUGUAAGUUAGAAAUUUUAAGGCGACUAUUGUUUUGAUGGCUGCUUAGCUAGUUUUCAUGUCUUUAAUUUGCACAAUAACGUUUGUAGAUUUUUUAAUUGCACCAUUCCUUUGCAAUAACUUUCAGCCAAGAUUUCAUUAUUGAUAUCGGCAGAGCACAGUGUGUUGUAGUGAUAAAUAGUUAAUAAGCAUGCUGAUUGUUUUUUGUGCCAUUUUAUGUAUACCUCACUUACCCAUCUCUCUUCUUAUUUUCCAAAUAACAUGUGACAUGCAAUUUUAACUCAACCAUACUACGAUCACCUUCUGUUUAAUUCAUUUGUUGUCGUUCCACAGCAGGCAUACAAAACAUUGAACAUGUGUUCAAAGAGUCCCUAAGAGAUGGCUGAGCAUACCAAGAAAAGAGAACGAUAGAAUAAAUCCUCUAUUUUAACUGACAUGUGCUUGUGGCAGGUGCUGCCCCACGUAUAACUGGAACCAACUUUCCACAUGUUGAGCAUCGCCAAACAUGUAAAGAAUGCAUAAUGUCACGUGUUGGGAACACGCCUAACAUGCGACUGCAGGCAGUUACUCAUCAUUUGAUAUAAUGGGGUCCCAGGUUUGGAGUUUUUUGGGAUAAGCGUACCGUUUAAGCAAUAGACAGUUUUAGUUUGACGUUAGCAUGAUAACGGGGUUAAGGGAAAUAGCGUUACUGUUCCACAAAGAAACUUUGCAGAAAGCGAGUUUUGGUAUAGUGUGAAGGCGUAGUUUACGUGCAAGACGCUAUUCCAUUAUGCUUUUAAUUUCACAUACGUAGUGCACAAACGCCAUGCUCCGAAAAGUGAAUGCCAUGUGUGCAUCCGAAAAGUGCAUGAGGCAGCGCACUGAAAGCCAGGAGUGCAUUGUAUUUGUGCUUUGCAUGUCUGCCGAUUCGUAGCGAAAUCAAUACAAGCAGUACAAGCUGUCGACCAUGGCCUCCGACAUCUUCUCGGAGGCCAUAUGCUGUCGUGUCUAUCUUCUGACUUCGGCGAUAGGUGGCACUGCUAUCGUGAAAGUUUCUCACAUUAGGCCUCGAAGCGUUCGAAAUGAGAAGCAAUCUCAAAAACUCUGCAAGGUUAUUCCUAAUACUGUGUUGUCGAAGAGCCUUGCGACUAACCGAAAGCUGUUUACACAAUCAUUUGUUACAAACGAAGUUAAUUCUACAAAUGCAACGCCAAAUUCAAUUCGAAGCCAGCAGUCCUUUUUUACAUAAAUGACGUAAACCUUGCAAAGACGGUAACGUUAAAUCUGAGAAAUGGCGUGCAUAUGCUAAAUGCUAUGGGUCAUUUAGCAUUCUGCGCAUGCACAUUUCAAUCCUGCUAUUCCGCUAAGCCCACUAUUACGCUAAACUAAAACUGUAUAAUACUGUUCCUGCUUGGCUAGGCAUUAAGGAUGUCAGAUGUGUGAUGGCAUCUUGGUGUAUAAAUAAAAUACAGUGGUGCCUCGCAGAACGAACUUGAUUCAUUCUGGGGGUGGGUUUGUUCUGCAAGAGGUUCGUUCUGUGGGAAAUAUUUUAGUGUGAUUAGCAUUCUUUGGGAACUUUACCCACUUGGCGGUAUUAUCUAACCUCUUUCACCCAGUGACCGAAGUUGUCUACUCACCUGGGCCACUAGCUAUGUGCAGGCUGCUAUCUUGCCAAGCAGACAACAUGGGCCACUAGAUAUGUGCCCAAAUAGACAACUUAGGCUGCUGUCUGGCGUAGUAGACAACGUGGGUCACGGGGUAUUUUGCCACAGGGUAUGUGCCCGAACAGACAUCUUUGGCACUGUGUAUCUGAUAUUGGUAUGUGCCCAUCCUUGGCCAAUCCCCCAUAAUGGAUGUGCCAAGGUGACACAAGGAUUAUGUAGCCUUAAAUAUAUUGAAGCGAUAGCGCCCCAUUCGCAACAAACACGGCCGUUUGGUGAAGAGCCAUUGCAACGAAGUUGCAGCCAGGAUAUUAGGGAUAUUACAGAGUUCAACUGGGGAGUAGUAAUUACAACAAGGUGUACUUUGUCAUGGUAUCACUUGGUAUUGUGGUUAUCAGCGAGAUGGCCACUUCGUGUGUCUGCAGUGGCAGUACUGUUUGUCGCUACAUUGCUUUAAGGCUAAUUGCAUUAAGGUUGAAAUUCAUUGCGCGAUGGGUUCUGCCAUAAUUUUUUUUCCUAUUGACUAGGAAAGACUGUAGGAAACAAUAAUUUGUUCCGAGAGCUUGGGAGCUUGGUUAUUGAUGUGAAAAUGCAAAAAACAUUACAACACAUCAGUAAAAUAUUUGUCAAUGUAUUUACCAAAGAUGGAGGAUAUUCAAGAUGAGAUGGAGAGAGGGUGACGUCCUGCUUAGUGUUUACAGCCAUUUGCUGUAUAGACACUUCUCAGUUCUGUCCGAGUUCAUCUCUCUGAGAUAGGCGAGACGGAAGACACUGCUGUGAAAAAAGUUCUCCUGUCUCUGUCAUAGCUUUUUUUAAAGAUUCAAGAUGGAAGAACUGAUGCAAGUCACCUACGCAUUUCUGAAGAUGAGAGUAAUGCGAGAACCUGGCUAGGCGAAGGAAAAUGUCUCAGGAUUAGGGAGGCCGAGGAAGCGCAUAGGCACAUCUGUGUGCAGGUAUGUUUAGUUUGUACAGAGGAACCGUGCUUGCUCUGCAAAAUGUUCACUGAACGAGGCACCACUGUUUUAUCACCUCUUGUUAGGCUCAUGUCACAAGUUGGCUGAGUACGAAACAUUACAUUAUUGCUCUGAUUUUUAUUAUUGGUGGCCAUGUCCAUUGCAACCUCCCUGGAAGGUUGCAGUGGAGGAAAAGCUGAAAAUGUGGGUCCUGAGAACAUGGCUGGUAUUACCUUUUACUAUGCUGGGAAAUCAAGGAGAGUGAUUGACAGUUUCGUCACAUAAAUGCACUCUCCUUUGCUUUUGUUUUGUUUAGUAAAUUUGUUUAGCCCUCAUUCACUCUAAGCAAACUGUGUUAUUCCAGUUAGCAUUUGCUGGUCUUGUUAGCGCCUUACUUAAAUGCUUUGUGGGCAUUGCACUGUGGAUGGGUGUUAAGAUGUAUAGUCUUGGCAAAUUGCCUGUAAACACAAAUGACUGUCGCACACUUCGUGAUUGCCAGACUGCAUUUUGGCAAGCCACAUACACGCACAAGCUUGAAUUUAAAGGGUUGCCUUUUGUAAAGCAUCAUUGCUUUUUUUUAUUAUUUUUUUAAUCUGUUAUGGGUAUCAUUGCAGGCAUUUUGAGCAAAAACUGCAAGUAGUGAUGUGAAUGGAAAUGUAUGGAAGUAGGAGAUGUGUUCUGGAGUUGUUGCAGUAUCAUGAUGGGGAUAAAUAAACGUUGUUUUAUGCUUA